UCUACUAUCGUUUCAAGCCGAGUUUAUAUACAAUAACUCAAUAAGCCAGUCCUUCUUGUAAACAAAAGUUUAGCUCAUUUCACACAGCCUAGACAGCUGUAGCCUAGUCCUCAAACUAAUUCUGUCCAACUGGUAAUAUUGUUUGGGCAUAUCUAACCCAUUAAGAUAACCAGCUAUAAAUCAGUGUGUUUGUUUUGUUUGUUGUAAAUUGAGCUUCAGCGGAGACAUUCAAACACUCACUUCCAUAAAUACAUCACAAAUAAAACUUCUCUUCCAGCCGACAGGUAGAGCGCUACAUUCAGAGCAUUCUGGGCCGCGCGGAGGUUAUAUUUAGCAGGCUCGCUGGCGGCAGUCUCGAGCUCCGCCUCGGGUUUCACGAGCGGUCACUUUACCCCGGGAAGGUGCGGACGCCUCCGCCUGUAACUCGCUCUUCGUGGGAGGGGUUGGUCGAUCGGUAGGACUCGCCUGAAGCGCAUAUAUUCCCACCAUUAAUGUUUAUCUGUUGUUAUCUGUGUUGUUGUUAUUGACAAACCUCACAGCAACUUUGGACAACCCGACUGGACAAUAGGAACUGCUCUGACCUCUGUAACAUACUCCUGCCAUGACGACUGGAAUUCUUGUGUGAUCCGUCCCCCCACCUGUUGUUGCCAUGGCGACGGAGAGGGCAGCCGAGGAGGGGUACGUGGAGAGGGGGUCCUUCCCCCUGGACAUCGACGACGUCCAGAUCCUCCUGCAAGUUGAACAGGAGCAGAUUCAGAAGAGAACCUUCACUAACUGGAUCAAUGCUCAACUGUCCAAGAGAAGGCCUCCGUGUGUGGUGUUGGAUCUCUUCUAUGACUUCAGGGAUGGAGCCAGACUGCUGGACCUUCUAGAGGCCAUAAGUGGACAGCGCAUGGGUCGAGAGCGAGGGCGGGGCAUGUUCCAGCACAGGAGCAACAUUGAGACGGCGCUGUCCUUCCUCAAGAAGAAAUCGAUUAAGUUGGUCAACAUCAACAUACCUGACAUCAUCGACGGGAAACCCUCCAUCAUCCUCGGCCUCAUCUGGACCAUCAUUCUGCACUUUCAUAUUGAGGAGCUGGCGUCCACGCUGUCGUUCAGCUCUCGUCAGGCGUCCCUGGAGUCUCUGGCCAGCCUGGACACCGUCGCCUCCAGCUGUUCCAGCGCCCGCUCCUCCCCCCUGCCCCGCCGCCCCGCGCCCCUCGCCUCAGCCCUCACCCUCGCCCUCCACCAGCGCUUCCGCGUCUCAGCCAAGAAAGCCCUUCUGCUCUGGGUCAGAGAACAGUGCCACAAAGCUGGCUGCACCCUGAGUGUGAAGGACUUUAAGAGCAGCUGGCGGAGUGGCGUUGUGUUCCUGGCCAUCCUGUCCGCCCUGCGGCCCGACGUGGUGGACCUGACUCUGGCCCGGACCCGGACCAACCGGCAGAACCUGGAGGAGGCCUUCCGCACCGCAGAGAGAGAACUACGCAUCCCCAGGCUUCUGGACCCCGCAGAUGUGGACGUGCGGGAGCCUGAUGAAAAGUCAAUCAUGACGUAUGUGGCUCAGUUCCUGCAAUACUCUAAAGACAUGCCUGUGUCAGAGGAGGACAUGCAGGUUGCCUAUAUGACUCCUCCUAAGUCUUUGUCUCCUAUCAAUUUGCCUUCCAACUUCACUCCGGCCAUUUCUGCUUCUCCUUACCGACAGACGUCAGCCAAUCAGAAGGCUCAGGAGGUGACAUAUUGGCUGGAACAGGCCUAUCAGGAGCUUCUUGAGGGGUGGGACUCCACAGAGGGAGAGAGCUAUGCUGAAAGAUAUCAUGUAUUCCAAACAUUCAUCGUGUCAUUUAACGAGCAGCGCCGGCCGGUGAUGCCGUUGCUAACGGCGAUGAAGCGCACCUCUAAACUCAGCGAGGAGCAGAGAGGGCUGAGAACAGCGUGGGACUCCCUCGCUGAGAAGCUGCGUGAGUAUAAGACAGAGCUGGACCUCAGCCUGCCCCCUCCCCUGGUGACGGUGGGCCGCUGGCUGCUGCGGGCGGAGGCGGUGCUGGCUGACGAGGAGGAACACACACACGACCACAGGCGGGCCGCGGAGGAGGCGCGGGAGAAGGUGGAGCAGCUAAAGGCCUGUCUGGAGGAGAUGCCUCGCCACCUGAAGAUGUUCCAGAUGUUCCAAAACAUGGACGAGUACGGAGGCGAGCUGGUUCCGUCCGACAAGCUGGAGGAGAUGAAGAGGAGGUUCACCAGUGUACGAGUCACAGCCAAGUACCACGGCAUCAAGCUGGAGUACCAGGAUCAGCGGCACACGGCCCUGGACCUGCUGGCCCAGAUCAACGCCAAACUCAACACCUGGAAGAGAGCCUACAUUUCCCAGGAGGCCGUGCGAGUGCUGAUGCAGGAUUGGCAUGAGACGGUGGGUAAGCAGGAACUGGCGACCCAGCUGGAAGGAGUUCUGGUCAAGCUCAAACAGGUCGCCUCCAAAUACAACAGCAAGUCUGCCCUGGCUGGUGAGGCGACCCUGGUUGGCCAGCAGAUGAAUAAGUUGCAGGCAGACAGUGCAGUUGCCUUGGAGGCCGUGACGACGGUGAAAGGCAUUAUGGGAAGGGUGCUGACGGCGUUCGACUCGUUCUCUGACCUCCACAGCUCCCUGCUGGCCUGGCUGGAGCAGGGGAACCAGAGGGCUCAGGUGACGGCGGAGGUGCUGUCUGAGUGGGGGAGUCGGCAGGUUCGUCUGAACCAGGUGGGCAGCUACCUGCUGGAGGUGACCGACCCCCAGACCAGCCGCAGCCUGACCGAGGAGCUGCGUAGGGUCAACCUGCACUGGGACGAGUACGCCAGGGGGGUCCAGCUGGUGGGCGGUGGCCAGCCGCUGGAGCAGCCUGUCGUGGAGCAGCAGCCCAGUCCCCAGACCCUCCAGGUGCUCCUUAGGGAGGCCACUCAACUCCUCAAGGAGCCGCUGGACAUCAUGUCCACUCCCCUGCGCACGUACCGCAAGAAGCUUCAGUUUAUGAUGAUGAAGAUUAAGGACGUGGAUAUGGACACGCUGUCCCCGUCCCCUGAGUUUCCCGCUGAGACGCUGCAGAAGUUCAAGCAGGCCAUGCCAGAGGUGCUGCAGACGCUGUGUGAGGCGAUGCAGGUGUGUGAGGAGCUGCAGCAGAGUGUGUGUGGGCUGGAGACUCGCCUGGCUGAGCUGCUGCUGUGGGAGGCGGAGGCUCGAGAACUCUACCAGCUACUGAGACACACACACAGGAGACAGGACCCCAGAACCAAGGAGCUCAUCUCCCGGGGGCUCCAGCUGGAGGGGCAGGUGGUGACGGAGGAGCAGGAUCUGCAAAUGAUGGUGAUGGCGGGGCAGAAGAACUCGCCCCUGCAGUACCUCAUCGCCUCCAGCAUGCAGGACCGCAUCCGCCACUCCGUCUCUCAGUCCCAGGAGGUUGUCGGCCUGCUCAGUUCUAUGGGGUCUAGACGAGACCACAGCCCCCCCAAAGACCAACCCCCCCCCAAAAUCUUCAUUCAGUCCAAGGCUGAAGUUGAGGCACCGCCCCCUGCCAAGCCUCCUGUCCAAUCAGAGCAGUCCGACUCAGCCGUGCGUCCAGAGGCCCUGCCUCAGGCCACACCCCCAGAUGAAGCCUUUGGCCCCGCUCCUCCUCCACCAUUGGCCCAGCCUGUUCCCCAGAUAAUUGUGCAGGAGUUCAGAGAGGAGAUGAGGGUCUCUCCACCCCACCCCCACUCAGAGGAGUUCCAUGCACCCCAAAGGCAGCCGCAGGUCGCCCCGACUACACUCCCAGGGGAACCCCAAAGCCAGGCCAGCGUGAGGCCCAAGAGUCGUACGAGGCCCCAGGGCCAGGCUGCGGCCAGAGGGGAGCCCCUCGAGCAGACCCCAGGGGUCGCCCUGGAGCAGAGGCCUCCCCAGCCCCCCCGCCAACCCCCGCAGACCCGGAGUCAACCCACCUCCUCCUCCCUUCCACAGCAGGAGGGUCACACACCAGAACAACCCCUCGACAUCAAGGCCCGGAAGGCCCAGGCCCUUCAGAACCGACCCUGGCUCCAGCAGAAGGCUCAGGGCGGCCCGCAGGCAGCACCUGCAGAACGGGCAGAACCUAAGACCCAGUCUGAGGCUGCGGCCAGAGACGGUGCUGCCCGAGCAGCUCCAGAGGCCUCCGCUCACGGCUCGGGUCCAGAGGCCUCAGCUCACGGCUCGGGUCAGAUACAGCUACAAACUCAACAACAGGUGAAGACCCAACCUCAACAACCGGUCCAAAGCCAAACUCAACAACAAGUUCAAAUGCAAGGACAACAAGUAGUCUUCAGCCAGACUCAACAACAACAACAACAACAACAACAAGUAGUCUUCACGCAGACUCAACAACAGGUGGUCAGUCAGACUCAGCCCCAAACAAAGAGCCACCCUCAACCGCUUCAUGCAAGCAAAUCCCAAGCAGUCAUCGUCCCAACUCAACCACCAGUGCAGAGACAAACUCAACCACCAGUGCAGAGACAAACUCAAGCCCCAGUGCAGAGACCAGUUCCUGGCCAACAGCAGCAGACUGUGACACCCAAACCUCAGGCCCAAGCCCAGACUAGAGUUCCAGCCCAACCCCAAAGGAUGGCCCAUCCACAGCCAGCUGCAGCCCAGAGUCUCCCUGUGGCCCCAGCUAAGGCACAGGCCAUGGCUGCAGCACCCCCUCAGCCUGAAGCUCAGAUCAGGCCUCAGUCCAGACCACAACCGAUGCUCCAGCCUCAGCCUCACGCCAUGGUGCAACCCCGCCUCCCGACACCUGGGCAACCCCGCCUCAUGUCGCCUGGGCAACCCCGCCCCGUGUCACCCGGGCAACCCCGCCUCCCGACACCCGGGCAACCCCGCCUCCCGACACCUGGGCAACCUCAGCAGGUGUCAGCCCUUGCUGCCACCCCCCCACAGGCCUCCCUGUCCUACGCUCCGCCCCGGGGUCAGGCUGUGACCCCCCUGCAGCCCAAACCCAGCAGCAGCCCCAUUCAGCCCCGGAUCAUUAGCAUGCCCCCCCCGGCAGCAGCUCGCCCGCAGGCCCCCCCGGUACAGCCCCAGCCCCUGGGUUCUGUUGCCCCCCCCCGGCACCCCGCUCAGGCUCCUCAUCCUCCCGCCCCUGCUGUCCAGCCCCAGCAGUGGGGUCCCCUCACCCCAGAGGUGGUGGCUCAGAGCUACCACAGGCCCCAGACCCAGGCACACACACACACACACACACACACACCUGCCCAAAUGCCCCCGAUGGGGCAGUACCAGCCCUACCCUCAGCAGCCCGUGCCCCAGGCUCUGCCGCCGCCGCAGCAGUGGGCACCUAUGAGGUACCCCCGGCCCCAGACCCCCUCUGAGACACCUGUUCAGGUAGGGCCCUACGCCCAAGGGUACCCCAAAGCCACCCAGCCUGGCCCGCCACCCCAACAGCAGUGGGCACCCAUGAGACCAGAGCUGAUGCCCCAAGCGUACCCCCAGCCACCGCCGGGUGCCCAGAUGCAGCAGCUGGUCCAUGCGGUGCCCCCCCCUCAGCCCUGGAGCCCCCCCGUCAGGCCCGAGGCCUUGCCCCAGGGUUACCCCAGAGCUCAGACUCAGGGGUACGCCCCGCCGCAGGCUCAGACUCAGGGGUACGCCCCGCCACAGGCUCCGGUCCCGUACCAAACGCCCCUCCUGUCCCCGCACCCGCCGCCGCAGCAGUGGAUGCCUGUCCAGAGACCGGAGUCCUUCCCACAGUCCUCUGCUCAGGUCCUGCAGCCGCCGGCACCGCAGAUGGUCCAGCAGCAGCAGCAGCAGCAGUGGGUCCAAAGUCCAACUCCGAUCCCAACCCACGUCCCCGCCCCAGUCCACCCGCCUACGCCGAUCCCAACCCAAGGCCCUGCCCCACUGCAGACCCCUACCACACUCCACAUGUCAGUACCUAAACCAGCUCCUUACCAACCCCUAACCCCAGUCCAACCAGCAACCCAUAAACCACCACCAACCACAGCUCAAGCACCAGCCCAAACCCAACCCCCCCCUCAGACCCUGACCCAGGCCCCAGUCAGGCCCCAGCAGUGGGGCCCACCCCAGGCCCAAGCCCCCCUACAGGCCCCAGUCCCGCAGGCCCCACAGGCCCUAGUCCCGCAGCCCCAGGCCCCAGUAGGGGAGCAGGCCCAGCCGCAGGCGGGUCCCCGGGUGAAGCCCCCAGCCCUGGCCCAGGCUCCCCCUCAGGCCUACACGGAGGCCUACGCCAAGGCCCAGGCCCUCGCCAGGAACGGGUUCGAGGAGGCCAAGCACUGCCUGCAAGAGCACAUCCUGGAGGCCAUCACAGUGUUCAGGCAUAAGCAGCUGACUGAGGAGCAGGCCUCAGCCAAGGAGGAGAUGCUGCGGUCGCUGGACCCAGAGAUGCUACAGGAGUUCCUCAGGGCUGCCGAGGGAAUGGAGGCCUUCUGCACCCCGCCCCAACUCAGAGACAUGGAGUUCUUCACACAGUCCGUCAGAACACAGUGGGAGGUACGUGUGUGUAGCCCCCAGCGUGCCUCCGUCCCCACGGUAACGGUCACGGUCACGUACCCCCUCACUAACCUCCGUCCCCACGGUAACGGUCACGGUCACGUACCCCCCUCACUAACCUCCGUCCCCACGGCCCUGACUGAGGAGUCGGAGCUGCUGUGGAGUGAGUUUGCGCACCAGUGUUCCCAGUGCUCCCAGGUGAGGGGGCAGGACCGCGGGGUGGAGCAGGACCAGGUGGACCUGGCGCUCAAGUGGAGGGAGCAGAAGACACACCUGCAGAACAGGGUGACUUCUCUAGGCUCGGCGCUGCAGCUGGUGGAUUCUACAGAGCGCAGCAUCUCGGCCAUCUCAGACCGACUGGACGCCUUCAUCAAGGAGCCCAAAGACAUCACAGCGUACACACUCACCAACUCCAGCACGCUCCAGGACAUCAAGGACCUGGACGAGAGCAUCCAGGCGGAGAUGGACCGGCUGUCCCGCUUCGACUCGGACCCGAGCCAUCUGGACCUGAGGGACCGGGCUCCACUGACCCAGGUGGUCCUGAGCCACCGGGCCUCUCUGGACCGGCUCCGCCAGCAGGUGCGCAAGAGCGACGCCGCGGCCCGCGCCCUCGACCGCUUCCUCAUGUCGCUGCGCUCCGUGGACCAGGACGUCGGCGCCAUGCAGGGCGCCCCCUCUGGAGACGCGGCGGUACUGCAGGACGGCCGGGCCAAGCUGGCGCUGAUCCGGGAGGGCGUGGAGAGCCUCGGGGAGAAGGCCCCACAACUGGACCGGCUGCUGGAGGGGGGGCACCUCUCGGUGACGCGGGGCGGGGGGGCCGUGUCGUGUCUGGAGAUGGCGUCAGCGCUGCUGAAGGGGCUGGAGCAGGCCGAUAGCCGCCUGGCCUCCAGGCAGCAGGACCUCCAGAGGACCCACCAGACCCAGGGCCUUACCCGACGCAGGAGCACCUUCGCUGGGCAGCUCAGGAAGGUCCUGGCCUCCGCAGAGAGGCAGGGGCUCCAGGAGCCCACCAUCCCCGCCGUACAGCAGAGGAUCCGUGCCCUACAGGACUUAGAGGCCCAGCUCUCCUCCCUGCUGCCGGAGCUCCACAGCCUCAGAGAGGAGGAGCAGACUGAGCACGCUCAGAACGACACCGACACUCUGUGGGAGGAGACUCAGAGAGCAGUGACUGACAGGCAGGAGCAGUGCAGUGUUCUCAUGGAACUCUUGAAGAAGUUCCAGAACUGUCGCAGUUGCCUGGGCAACACCCUGCAGAGGGCGGAGCACACCAUCAAUGAGCAGGCCUCUUACAUGGGCAGAGACAACCUCCAGAGGCUCAUCACCACGGUCCGUGGCAUCAAGGAUGAGCUUGGCGGCCUGGGAGCCAAGAUGGAGGAGAUCAGAGCCGUGUGCAGACAGCUGCAGUCUCACCUGAAGAAAAUCCCAGACUGCAAAGAAACUCCGUUCGAAGGAGAGGCCGAUGCUCUGGUGGACACCUGGCUUGAUGUGUCGGAGAAGACGGACUCCCACAUGGACAGCUUGUGUGUGGGGCUGGAGCUGUGGGACAAGCAGCUCAUGCUGGGUGCGGAGCUGGACACCUGGGCCGCUGCCAAGAUGGCCGUCUUCGCCCAGUCACACCCCUUCCACAGCGAGGAGCAGGUCAUGGAGGUCAAGGCGGAGAUAGAGGCACAGGAGGAGAACAUAGAGCGUUUCCACAGGAAGACUCAGGAGAUCCAACAACUGCUGCAGACCAAAGAGGAACCUCUGGAGCUACAGGUGAUGGAGACGGGGCUGAGGAAGAGGAUGGAGCAGGUGAAGGAGCUCUUCGCCGACACCAGCGACGUCUUCCAGGAGCUGCAGGCCGUGCGCAGACACCUGACCCAGAAGAUGGCCGACUGCCAGGCGUCCGUCACGAAGAUCCAGUCCGCUCUGAGCGCGCUCCGUGGCGCGGGGAACACUCAGCUGCAGACACACACACAGGAGCUGUGUGAGCAGCUGCAGGAGCAGGAGGCGCAGCUGUCCUCCCUGCUGAAGGAGGUGGGGGUGAUGGCGAGUGUGUGUGGGCCCGAGGCGCUGGAGGUGCUGGCAGCAGACACACACACCCUGAGGGAGAGCAUCACACACACACACACACUCCUGCAGGAGGCCAGGGAGCAGGGGGAGAGGAGCCUCAUACAGAGGGUCAAAGACGAGUGUCAUGCGUUUGAGGAGUGGUUCCAGGACCUGCAGCUGAGUGUGAACGAGUGCUUUGAGAACCCAGAGAGACGACAGGAGGUGGAGACGGCCCUGAAGAGACUCACAUCGUUCCUGUCCAGUAAAGAUGGGGAGCAGAAGCUGUCUCUUCUGCGUGAGCAGGUUGAGUGUUCCGGUGAGGAACGUCUCGGGUCGGAACCACAGGCCCAGCUCCGGGUUCUGCUCCGGGAGCAGCAGGAUGAACUGGACACGUUCCGGGCCCACUGUCGGGACCGCCUGGCCCUGAUGCAGGAGAUCCAGCAGAACAUCAACAGCCUGCAGGAGGAGCAUGACUACUUCAGAGCUUGGCUCCAGCAGAGAGAACACAGAGAACCGACAGGAGACGACCUCAGUCAGCAGCACCAGGAGUUCCUUUCACACAGUUGUCGGGCCGAGUCCUUCAGCUCUCUGCUGAGCUCCACCCAGAGGCGUGGCCUGAGGGGCGACGCCCUGCUGACGGACAGCCAGGCCCUGCUGGAGCGGUACCGCAGCCUGGGGACUCGCCUGGAGCAGCAGGCCCAGGAGCACGCCUCCCUGCUGGGGGAGCUGCAGGACCUCUCAGCCCAGCUGGACGGGAGCGCCGCCUGGACCGGAGAGCUGAGGCAAGGCCUGGACUCACUGGACACACACUCUUCAGCCGAGGAGAGACGCAACAGGGCACAGGCGGUGCUGUCUCUGCGUUCCGAGGGAGACUCUAAGCUGUCGUCCCUGCGGGGGCGCGUGGAGAGUGUGUGUGAGCGCGAGGGUGUGUUGGGGGAGGAGAGGAGGCGGGCGCUCCUGCAGGCGCUGGGAGGUGCGGAGGAGCGCUGGAGAGGAGCGCUGCAGGCCGCUGAGGAGGUGCGGAGCCAGGCGGAGCUCCAGGACUCCCUCUCCAGGGAGCUGCAGGAGCUGAGUGCCCAGCAGGAGAGCACUCUGGCCUGGGUGCAGCAGCAGCAGAAGGGCCUCGACUCCCUGGACAAACACAUCCCCUCUGACCACAGACUCAGCACAGCUCAGGCGGUGCUGUCUCUGCGUUCCGAGGGCGACUCUAAGCUGUCGUCCCUGCGGGGGCGCGUGGAGAGUGUGUGUGAGCGCGAGGGUGUGUUGGGGGAGGAGAGGAGGCGGGCGCUCCUGCAGGCGCUGGGAGGUGCGGAGGAGCGCUGGAGAGGAGCGCUGCAGGCCGCUGAGGAGGUGCGGAGCCAGGCGGAGCUCCAGGACUCCCUCUCCAGGGAGCUGCAGGAGCUGAGUGCCCAGCAGGAGAGCACUCUGGCCUGGGUGCAGCAGCAGCAGAAGGGCCUCGACUCCCUGGACAAACACACCCCCUCUGACCACAGACUCAGCACAGCUCAGGUGAGACACUAA